AUGGCAACUGCAGCACCGUCACCCCUGGCCAGCUCUGUUGAGAAGACAAAUGGAAACAAGCUAAGUAGGCUUCUCAUCGAUGGCGGAACUACAGUACUGAGGAAUGUUUUCGAUCACUAUCACCCAACUGCCAACUUGGCUGCUAAUCUUAGUUCCAAACAUAUUCAUUCCAUUCUUACUAAACUUCGGAAAAGAAACAUUCUGAAUGGUGUUCAGUGGGACAAACUGUUUCCACCACCAGGUGGAGGGACACCAAACUCUAUUAACUUUGAUAUCACUCUUCUGUUCCUCUUGCUGAGGAACAUUUGCAGCCUAUCCCCUCCCCUUUCAGGCUGGGACAGAAUGCCCCCCGCGAGUGACACCUCUAGAGAGGCUAACCUUGCUCGCAUGAAGUAUUAUCGAAACGAGCUCUAUGGUCAUGUGACAACAACUGGCAUUCAAACAUCAGUGUUCGAUGUGAAAUGGCAGGAAAUGAGUUGCGUUCUUGUUUCGCUUGGUUUAAGUCAGUCUGAGGUGGACAGGUUAAAGAGAGAACCUUGUGGGCAGGAUUAUAUCAGCGCUGUUACUGAAUGGAUGAAAAAUGACGAGGAGAUCCAAUUCCGGCUGAAAGAUCUACUUACAAAACAACAACAAGUGCUCCAAACCCAACAGCAAGAUCACAGAACUCUUAAUGACACCCACCAAAUUGUUGGAAAAGUACAACAGACACAAGUAGAAACCAGCAAAUUGCAACAAGAGGACCACAGAACUCUUCAAGAUACUCACCAAACAUUGUGUAAAGUAGAACAGACUCAAUUUGAAGCUUACAAAUUACAACAAGAGGGCCACAGAACUCUUCAAGAUACACACCAGACAGUUGGCAAUUUAAAACAGAUGCAAAACGAGGCAGUGAAAUUGCAACAAGAGGACCACAGAAUUCUUCAGGACACGCGCCAAGCAGUUGAAGGUGUACAGCGGUCUAUACAGAUGUUACAGGAAGUUCGGAAAACCCAACAAGAAUCGCCGCGGCAGGUAGUGUACGAGGUUGCAAACACUGGAGAAAAAAGCGAUAAAGCUGAAGAGGAUGAAGCUCUGAGAAAAUUAGCAAAAGUUAAUACCGAGAGAGUCAUCCAGUAUCACUCUGGGAAAUACCAGGAGGAAACGCGCUUGCACAUCUUUGAGAAGAUCAAGUUGUGGCUUGACGACCGUACAUCUGAAAAUCGUGUGAUGGUAAUCAGUGGAGAUGCGGGAAUGGGCAAAUCAGUGAUUUCCGCUGUCGUUUGUCAAAGAAUGCAACACGCUGGUCGACUGUCGGGAAGUCACUUUUGUCAGCACAACAAGGCGCGUCAAAGAAAUCCUAAGAUAAUGCUUCAAUCGUUAGCUUAUCAGCUGAGUGAGCGUUUGCCACAGUAUAAAAGAAAACUUGUAAAAGCACUGUCAGGUAACUUGGGUGAAGACAUCAACAACCUUGAGGUUGGAGAGCUCUUUGAAUUGCUGUUCGAGGAGCCUUUAAUAAAAGUAGAUGAUCCGGGAAGAAGCUUGCUCAUGGUGAUUGAUGGCCUGGAUGAAAGUGAAUACAAAGGUCGCAAUGAGCUGCUUGAUGUCAUUGCUAAUCACUUUAGUACACUUCCUGGUUGGGUUCGAUUUUGUGUUACAACUCGACCGGAAAUAAAUAUCGCAGACCGUCUUAAAAAGUUCAACCCUGUUCUACUGGAGCAAGAUGAUGAAGAAAACGUGAAAGACAUCAGACUCUUCCUUGAAAAACAGUUAUGCAGCGUUAUUCAGUCGGGCUCUGUAGAUGUUGUUAUCGAUGCACUGGUCCGAGAGGCUGCAGGGCAUUUUUUAUAUGCUUAUUUGAUGGUCGAUUUUAUCAAGAAAAACGUUUUACUCCUUACUCCCGAGGAGUUAGGAAGAAUCUUACCUUCAGGUGUAUCGUCUGUUUAUCAGUCCUACUUUGAACGUUUAGAGAACGAAUUGAAAAUUGGUGAGGACCAGUUUUUGACUUUUCUAAGUGCUCUGGCGGCUGCAAGAGAACCACUUCCUCUAGACUUUGUUUCUAAGAUGUUGAUUUCGGACUCGAAGUCCCCAUCUAGUCAUCGAAAAGUAAGAAAAGCUAUCGAAUCUAUCUCAACCCUUCUUCCUGUUCAUGAUGACUGCGUUGUGUUCUUCCACAAAUCAGUUAAGGAUUGGUUGACUGACAGAACUGCCUACGGGCGCCACAACUUCUCUGUUUUUGAAAAGCAAGGUCAUGUCAUGCUUUCCCAGCUCUGUACUAAUGAACUGAAUAAUGUGAAAAGAAAAGGCGUUCACGGCACUGAAUUCAGUCACACUGCGAGGUACGCCCUACAGCAUGGUGUUUGUCAUAUGCUCGAGUCGGAAGAGCUGGAAGAGAGUACAAGAAGCUUUGAAGAAAUCGUUAACAACUAUGUCACGGACUUAGACAUUGUGUAUGCAAAACUAUGUGUAAACGACACGGCUAGUUCUGAGGACAUUGUCCUCACUCAGAAACAAGAAGCUUUUCAGUUAUUGAGCAGUGAGAGACAAAACGCCCUUGGCACGUUGUUGUUUCUUUUAAGAAAGUACCAUGAAAGACUUACGACGAAUCCCACUUCUUUUUUCCAAGUGAUAAUGAACGAAGGAGGAGACGAUUUUGCUGGUAAAGCGACAGAACUUUUGCAGACCAAAUAUCAUGAUAUACCGUACAUGAAGUACGUUCACAAGGGGUCUAUGGAAGAGGAAAUGGAGGUUCAGGCUUUGUUUCGCUGCAACUCUCGAGUGGCUUGUUUUGAUAUUUCACCUCAGCAGGAGUUCAUGGUGUGUGAAUGUAGGGACGGGACGAUUCAACUAUGGUCAGUACAGACAGGGAAGCAAAUAUGGAAACGUCCGGUCAAGUUCGGUAAACGUUACGUUGAUGAUCUUGACGCGUUCAGAGUGGUACCCGAAUCAUCUGUUUUGUCAUGUUAUCGCUCCGUUGUUUUUCACCCUACUGAGUCCAUUGUUCUUCCUGGAAUCCUAAGCCAUGCCUACUCAAUUGACGGAGCUUUCCUUCCACUGUUCCCUAAUAGCAACUGCAAAUUUACCGUUUGUUCAGUUAAUGGGGAUAGUAUGAUUACUGAUGUCCCUAGUGAUGCAAAACGCCUAGUCAUGUGGAGUCUAACAAAUGGCGAAGAGAUCACUCGAACUGAGAGAGAUGAGAUUGUAUUGUCUUUUGCCUGGUCUCCAGAUAGAAAGCUACUAGCAAUUUCUCAUCUUUCGGGACUGGUUUGUCUGGUUGAUGCAUUGAAUUGCUUUGAGACACUUGCAGAGAUCACCACUUUUUUACCGUGUGGAAUGAUCAAGUUUGCCCCCAACCUCAAAUUCCUGUUUUGUUGGUGUAAACCAGUAAAGUCUAUGUGGGAGAGAUACCCAAAAGGCAUUCGCGUGAACAUCAAUAACUUGCCUUGUGGCACUUUUUCCUUGGAUGUUGUUAACGAUAACGUUGACUAUGAACCUGGGGAUUAUGAAUCAUCCAGCAAAGCUGGAUUCUUGAUGGGAGAUCCUGUAUCAUGUUCGUUCAGGCGUCUCGAGGACUUUUUGGUACCCCUUUGGGUUCUUGUAGAAGGAGCGUUUGCGUUUGUCUUGAACAGACAAAGUGUAUUGAGGGUAUUCCCUGGAAACAACCGCAUUGCCAUGUUCAAUCCUGGUGAAAUGAAGAUUGCAACAACCACGUCCUAUAGAAGACUCCGUCAUGUUGCUUUUGCUGUAGAUGGGAAGUCCGUUUAUGGUGUAACUGAAGACGAGGAAGCAGCAGUGGUAGCUUUUGAUGUAGCAAGUGGAAAACUUACAGCAAAGAUAGAGAUUAGUACUUCUCGUGAUGUCCAUUAUCCUAUACAGCCUUUUACGACCGUAAACUACUCUGACAAUGGUAUUUGUCUUGUGACAAUGGCCAAUGGUGUCCUUUUGAAACAACGUCAUCGUAGGACUGCUGUUCAGCUAUGGAGUUUUGAGUUGUCUCAACAAGUCCGAAGUUGGCCCAGUCUAUGCGAGGUUACGUAUAUGAUGCCAGUCACGGACCAAUGUGUAGCAUGUGUGGGCAGAAGGUUUGAAGUGAGCGUCCUGGACACAUUAAGUGGAGACAUAGUGAAGACCAUCUCACUUUGUCAUGAGGGAUAUGAGUCAACAUGUCCAAUUAUGUAUAAAGAAGCCAUAGAAUGUAACAGUAAAUUUCAGCUGUUAUCCACCGCUCGUGACUCAGUUCAGCUGUCAGAUGACAGAGGUAGUCUGUGGAAGAGGGUUUUUAAAGAUUCUCUGUUGUACUCGUGGAAUGUCCCUGGCAUGUUUUCUCCAAAAGAAAACUUUGUCCUAAUCUCAGCAAAAUCCCGUCAGUGUAAGCAAGAAGUACACGUGCUUGAUGCGUCUUCAGGGGCCACUCUCUGCACCCUUUGCACAGUCGAUCACGUGACGAACUGUGCGUUUGUUAGUGACGCGGAAUGUGUAAUCGACUGCCAGGAUAGCUCAGAAAGUUCUUGUCUUCGGUUAUUUAAUGUUAAGACUGGAGAUUUGCUUAGCGUACUUAAUAUGGAUACAUGGCCUUCCUGUUUGGCCUCCUUCCCUCAAAAGGGAUUGAUCGCCUUUGGCCUCUGGAACUCCAAACGUAUGUGUGCAUUUAUCGAGGUAAAACUGCCGCGAGACAAAGUCAACAGGAAAGCAAAGGUGAGAAAUGCG